CCCUUCCUUGGCACGGACGACACGCGCCCCAACCAGGACUCCCUGUUCCUGGUGGUGUUCAACCCCCUGGAGCAGGAGCGCCUGAGCGUCUUGCCAGUGCUGGUGGACUCCCCACAUGUGCGUGUGCUCUCCGAGGAGGGGCAGCCCCUGCCUUCCCAGCUCAGUGUGCACUGGGGCUCUGCCACCGACAUGGUGCCCAACGUCUAUCAGGGGCGCUGGUACCCGCACGGCCGGGCCUUGCCCGUGCGCAAGCAGGAGGCCGUACCUGUGCACGUCUUCCCGACCACCGCUGAUGACUUGUGCCUGGAAAACCAGCACCUGCAGGCCUGCUUCUCGGGACACUCAGGCCUGCUGCAGAGCAUCCGCCGAGCUGGGGAGGAGCGGGAGCAGAGGGUGAGCAGUGAGUUCCUCGUCUAUGGCACCAGGACCUCCAAGGACAAAAGUGGAGCCUAUCUCUUUCUGCCUGAUGGCGAGGCCAAGGUACGGGGACUGCCUCCGGGAGCCAGCUGGCAGCCAUGCCUGCAGUCACACGACACCCCUCACUGCCUGCCCGCAGGGGUGGAGGGCCUGUCCCUGGACGUGUCUUGCCUGGUGGACAUCCGUGACCACAUCAACAAGGAGCUGGCUCUGCGCUUCAGCACUGACAUCGAGAGUGAUGACACCUUCUUCACGGACCUCAACGGUUUCCAGAUCCAGCUCCGCAGGUACCAGCAGAAGCUGCCGCUGCAGGCCAACUUCUACCCCAUGCCAGCCAUGGCCUACAUCCAGGACACGCAGAGCCGCCUGACGCUGCACACAGCCCAAGCCCUGGGGGUCUCCAGCCUUGGCAGCGGCCAGCUGGAGGUGAUCCUGGACCGGCGCCUCAUGCAGGAUGACAACCGGGGCCUGGGCCAAGGGCUGAAGGACAACAAGCGGACCUGCAACCGGUUCCGCCUCCUCCUGGAGCGCCGCACCACUGCCAACAAGGAUGGCCGCCCGAUCAGCUUCCCCUCCCUGCUGAGCCACAUCACCUCCAUGCACCUGAAUGCUGAGGCCCUGGUCAUGCCCGUGGCCCAGGAGAAGCUGGCCCCACCAGCCCUGCGCUCAUUCAUGCCCCUUUCUACCACCCUCCCCUGCGACUUUCACAUCCUUAACCUGCGGAUGCUGCAGGCAGAGGAUGACUUGCUACCCUCGGCCGAGGCAGCCCUGAUCCUGCACCGCAAAGGCUUUGACUGCAGCCUGGAAGCCAAGAACCUGGGGUUUAACUGCACCACCAGCCAGGGCAAGCUGGCCCUGGGCAGCCUGUUCCAGGGGCUGGAGCUGGGCUCCCUGCAGCGCACCUCACUGACCUUGAUGUACCCGCUGGGCACGGUCUCCAACAGCACCAAUAUCCACCUGGACCCCAUGGAAAUUGCCACUUUCCGCAUCCGCCUGGGGUAGUGUCUCCCAGAGCGGGAGAGAAGCAGACUGGCUGGGGAGCAAGGGAGCAGCCGGGCAGCGCA